UACUUGGCGGCCCCUCUCUCACGAUCCCCAUCCGAAGCUUGAGUAGCUUCAUGACAUCAACAUCUACUAACCAUUACGAUGACGCAGAACAUUCCGUCAAAGGAUAUACUAACAAUGGGAGAGGUACUUAAUGGCGAUCGUGUGCUCGUCGUAUCAGAACCAAACUUGAAUACUCACAAGAUUGAAACUCACUGUAAACUUCAGAUAAUAAAUCCAACCCCAACAUAAUGGCACCAGAUCCUCAUCAAGGAGGACGUCUUGAAGACAUGGCAGCCGAAGGAACGACAAUUCCUGGCGACGCAGGCAAGCAGAACCUGAUCCCCUCAGUUCCACGGCCUGACCAAAUAAAUCCCGACCCUUCACUCGCCCACGCCGACAUUGCCCAUGGCGCAGACAACGCCUCCGAUAUCCCGCGUAGCGUGAACGACCCCGGUCAGACUGGCGAGGUCCUCACCGGCACAGGUGAUCAGAUGAAUUCAAGCAUCGAGAAGAAGAACCUCGAUGAUGCGAACUAUGAGCCAGGAGCGAAGGGCCAUGAUAGGGAUGCGAAACAUGCUAUAAACAGAAAGGACAAUCCUCAUGACAGCUCAAAGCACGGUGCGAGCAGCCAUGAUGUGGAAGCUGCGCCUGGAGAGGAGGAGUUGGGACAGGAUGAGUUGUUGGAGAAGCGGGGUGCGAAGUAGGAUGGUGUAUGGUGUGUAGUAUAUUGUAUCUUCAUGAGUUAUGAAUUAUUUUCCGUUG